AGUAAUGGAUUGAAUUUAUGAAGGUGUGUAUCUUUCCCAUAACAGUAAAUUUGAGUGUACUUUUCAAAAGUAUUUUCUUAGAUUACAUUAUUACAUACCAUUCAUAUUUUAAAUAAAAGUGUCGAAGGAACAUACAAAUUUGUCUUCUCACCAUUUGCUUUCAUUUUGUACGAUCACCACAACCAUGGCUACUCCUUCUUCCUCCUCCCCUGAACUUCCUCUCAAACCAAUUCCCGGUGGCUAUGGCUUCCCCUUCCUCGGUCCCAUCAAAGACCGUUACGAUUACUUCUAUUUCCAAGGUAGAGACGAAUUCUUCCGUUCCCGGAUUACCAAAUACAACUCCACCGUCUUCCGCGCCAACAUGCCACCGGGCCCCUUCAUUUCCUCCGAUUCCAGAGUCGUUGUCCUUCUCGAUGCCCUCAGUUUUCCUAUCCUCUUCGACACAGCCAAAGUCGAGAAACGCAACAUUCUCGACGGAACUUACAUGCCCUCCUUGUCCUUCACCGGCAACAUUCGCACCUGUGCUUAUUUGGACCCAUCGGAAACAGAGCACUCUGUUCUCAAACGCCUCUUCCUCUCCUUUCUCGCUUCCCGCCAUGACAGGUUCAUCCCUCUGUUUCGAAGCUCCUUGUCUGAGAUGUUUGUUAAGCUUGAAGAUAAACUUUCCGAGAAAAAGAAGAUCGCUGAUUUCAACUCGAUCAGCGAUUCCAUGUCGUUUGAUUAUGUUUUCCGUUUACUCUCCGAUGGAACCCCUGAUUCGAAAUUAGCUGCUGAGGGACCUGGAAUGUUCGAUCUGUGGCUUGUGUUUCAACUCGCCCCAUUGGCUUCCAUUGGCCUUCCCAAAAUUUUCUCUGUUUUUGAAGAUCUCGUCAUUCACACCAUUCCCCUGCCUUUCUUCCCAGUCAAGAGUGGUUACAGGAAGCUUUAUGAAGCGUUUUACUCCUCUUCUGGCUCAUUUCUAGACGAAGCAGAGAAACAGGGGAUAGACAGGGAGAAAGCAUGUCACAAUUUAGUGUUUCUCGCUGGAUUCAACGCAUACGGGGGAAUGAAAGUCCUUUUUCCCACUUUACUGAAAUGGGUCGGCACCGCCGGCGAGGAUCUCCACCGGAAACUCGCCGAGGAAGUCAGGACAACCGUGAAGGAAGAAGGGGGACUGACUUUCUCCGCCUUGGAGAAAAUGAGUCUGCUGAAGUCCGUCGUGUACGAAGCACUCAGGAUCGAACCGCCGGUGCCGUUCCAGUACGGGAAAGCGAAGGAGGAUAUCGUGAUUCAGAGCCACGAUUCUUCUUUCAAGAUCAAAAAAGGGGAGACGAUUUUUGGUUAUCAGCCGUUUGCUACUAAAGAUCCGAAGAUUUUUAAGGAUUCGGAGAAGUUCGUGGGCGAUAGGUUCGUGGGAGAGGAAGGGGAGAAGCUUUUGAAGUAUGUUUACUGGUCAAAUGAGCGGGAGACAGUGGAGCCGACGGCGGAGAACAAGCAGUGUCCGGGGAAGAAUCUGGUGGUGCUGAUAGGUAGGAUUAUGGUGGUGGAAUUCUUCCUUCGUUAUGAUACGUUCACCGUGGAGGUCGCAGAUUUGCCGCUGGGUCCGGCAGUGAAGUUCAAGUCCUUAACCAGAGCAACCGAUAUGGUUUAAAAGCUAAUGACUAAAUUAGUUUUUAAUCAUUUUACAGGUAUUUUUAUAUUAUGUUUUUUCAUAUUUCAAAAUUUCAAAAUUGUUUCUUUUAAUGUCAUACCAAUUGGUGCAGCAACUUUUAUUCAUUUCUUAAAUUAUUUCCAAAAGUGUUACAUGCCACUAAAUUACCUUCGCUCGAUUAUAUUAUUUAGAAGAAGAAAAAAAAAAACUGAGAUAUUUUCUUAAAUAAUACAUAUAUUUUAUAAACAUCUCGGUAUCGAGAAAUAUUGUAAGGAUAUUUGAUGACAACUGAGAUAGAAUAGGUCUUUAAUUUUUGUAUAUAUAAAAUGUCAGUGAAAACAAGUUUUAAAAGAAGAAUGAGAUGGGAUUAUUUUACUAAAUAAACGACAAAAGUGAAGAUAUUGUUUUAGUUUAUAGUAUGAAUAUUGAAGGUAUCUAUUAUUUUUAUUUAGUUUAUUUAUGCGUGUAUACCAUAAUGUUAGAACUACAAAACUAUAUAUAACAUAUCUGCGAUUUUCUAAAAGCUUGGUAAUUGUAUUUUUUGGUGCAAAUAUAAGGAAUGGUUUGAUGGUAUUUUUUUAAAGUUCAAAUAUGUAUAAGGGUUCGUUAUUGAUUGCCAGAAUAAGUGAAAUUGGUUGAUGCACGGAAGCUGUGGCGGACUUGCGCACA